AUGGCUUCCCGACAGUCCCUGUAUCAUGCUUUUUGUCUGGCAUCAUCUGUGAAGGAAGUUGUUAAAGGUAGCGUUUCGAUCGGAAGCGAGUCGCUAAGAUCAUGGGCUGAAACCUCGACGCUUACGAGACCCAUCUUGGAGAGAUACCAAUGGUUUUACGACCCAGAAUGGGAAAAGGCUCGGGCUUUGUCGGAUUCGGUGAGAUCAAGCAACCGGACCCGGGGCAAGUCUACCAAAAAGGGAGCCAGGUCUUAUUCUACAGGCGUGAAAACGAGCAUUAGACACUACUCAACGGGUGCCAAGAAUGAUGCUCUUGCAGAGACGGCGCAAAAAGAGGUUGCUUUACAGAGCUCGGAAGUUCCGUCGUCACGGAUCUCGAGACUGUUUCACUAUGGGUCUCUGGCAGCCGGAGUGGGAUUGUCGGCGGCCACGGAUGGGUUUUCCCAGACGAUUCGCGGUCAAUCUCCUAAUCUCAAAUCUUUAGUUCUUUCAGAUGCUAACAUAGACCGCAUUACGAAUAAAUUCUCCAAGAUGCGCGGUGCAGCGUUGAAGAUUGGCCAGAUGAUGUCGUUCCAAGACGAAAGUGUACUGCCCAAAGAGCUAUACAUUAUUCUGUCUCGAGUGCAGAACGGCGCCCACUACAUGCCUCAAAGACAACUGGAUCGUUUGAUGAACCGGGAACUUGGAACGGCUUGGAAGCAAAAGUUCAGCAAGUUCGAUCCAGUUCCCAUCGCAGCCGCUUCUAUAGGACAGGUUCACGAGGCUGUUUUGCCAUCUGGAGAAGAAGUGGUAGUGAAGAUUCAAUAUCCAGGUGUGAAGGACUCUAUUGAUUCUGAUUUGAACAAUGUGCUGAUGUUCUUGACCGCGUCGCGUUUGUUACCAAAGGGCCUUUUUUUAGACAAAACUGUGGCCAACGCUAGAACUGAGUUAAAGUGGGAAUGUGACUACAAGAGGGAAGCGCGAGCUUUGCAAAAAUUCGAGCAGUUAUUGAAAGGAGAUCCAGUUCUCGUCACACCAAAGGUUUUCCAAGAUCUAACAACUGAUAACAUUAUAACAAUGUCGAAGAUGCGGGGGAAAGAGAUCAUGAAAUUGCCCGCAGAGACGUCACAAGAGACCAAGAACUUUAUUUCAGAAGCGAUCAUGAGGCUGUGCUUGCGUGAGAUUGCAGAGUUCAAAUUCAUGCAAACUGAUCCAAACUGGGCCAAUUUUCUGUACAACGAAGGAAAUCGCACUCUUGAACUUUUGGAUUUUGGCGCUUCGAGAGAUUUUUCGGAGGAAUUCAUUAACAACUAUCGUCGCAUGCUGACAGCAGGCACAUUGAGAGAUCGUUCUAAAGUGGCUCAAAUUUCUGAGAAGCUGGGAUAUUUGACUGGCUUGGAAUCGAAGGCCAUGGUCGAUGCGCAUGUAGACUCUGUUCUAGUUCUAACCGAGCCAUUCAUGGGUUCUGUCGAUGAGUGUUUUGAUUUCUCUGAGCAGACCGUUACGGACAGAAUCAGAGGCAACAUUAAUUUGAUGUUGAAAGAGCGUUUGUGUCCGCCUCCAGAAGAGACUUAUUCGUUGCAUAGAAAGUUCAGUGGAGUUUUCCUCUUAUGCGCCAGGAUGAGGGCCCAGGUACCAAUGGCGAAACUGUUCGAGGAGCACUUUGCCUUACACGACUGA